AUGGCGUCGGACAGCAAACGAUUCAGCUCGCAUAACGUGCGUUGCUGCACACUCAUAGGCCAUGUCGACCACGGCAAGUCCUCGUUUGCAGACUCGCUCCUGGCGGCCAACAACAUCAUCUCCGCCCGCAUGGCCGGUCAAAUCCGCUACCUCGACUCCAGAGAAGAUGAACAAGAACGAGGCAUCACCAUGGAGGCCUCUGCCGUUUCGCUCUCCGUCAAGAUGCGUGUUCACGACCCGACAAAAGGCUGGGACCCAGACAACCUCCCGCCCGUGCAAGACUUUAUGAUCAAUCUCGUCGACACGCCUGGUCACGUCGACUUCUCCUCCGAAGUGUCGACAGCGUCGAGGCUGUGCGAUGGUGCGUUGUUGAUCGUCGAUGUUGUUGAGGGUGUUUGCGCGCAGACGGUGACGGUGCUCCGGCAGGCGUGGCAGGACGGUCUGGAGCCGAUCUUGGUUCUCAACAAGGUCGAUCGACUCAUUGUGGAACUCAAACUCUCGCCGAAUGAAGCGUAUCAUCAUCUCAUCCAGGUCAUCGAGCAGGUCAACGCCGUCGUAGGCUCCUUCUUCGCCUCGGCACGCAUGGACGACGACGAACGCUGGCACGAGGAACGCGAAAAGCGCAUCGCAGCACGCAAGCAGGCCAAGAACGACUCGAUCGCCGCAUCCACCGCCGCCGAAGACGACGCCGAAGACGCCGACCGCGAAGAGCGAGACGACGAGGAUAUUUAUUUCGAUCCCUCCAAGGGCAACGUCAUCUUCGCCUCUGCGAUGGACAACUGGGCUUUCCGCCUGGAGCGAUUCGCCAUGCUCUACGCCAAGAAGAUGGGCAUCCAGGAGUCCAAGCUGCGCAAAGUGCUGUGGGGUGAUUUCUACUUUGAUCCCAAGACCAAGCGUGUUCUCUCGCAAAAGCAGAAGGAGAAGGAGAAGAGGCCGCUGAAGCCUAUGUUCGUCCAGUUCGUGCUGGAGAACAUUUGGAGCGUUUACGACGCCGUGGUGGAGAACAGGGACCAGAAUAAGAUCGAGAAGAUUGUGUCGAGUCUGAACCUCAAGGUGCAUCCUCGCGAUCUCAAGUCCAAGGACGCAUCCCAGCUCAUCAAGGCGAUUGUUAGUCAGUGGCUGCCAUUGGCGAGCUGUGCUUUUGCCGCGAUCAUCUAUGUCAUCCCACCGACGAGCAAGGCGCAGGCAAAGAGGAUCCCGAUGAUGCUCAAUCCAGAUAUGAGCUACUUCGAUCGAGGAAACUACAAGGCCAAGACCACGUUGGAGGAGAAUUUGAUGAGCGCCGAGAUCGGACCCAAGUCGAUCCGCGUUGCGUACGUCAGCAAGAUGUUUGCGGUCAAGAAGGAGGAUCUUCCGGAAGCGAAGAAGGCGCCGAUGACGGCGGAGCAGAUGCGGGAGCGCGCCAAAGAGAGCAGGGAGAGACAGAAUGCGGUUCGCGCUGCACUGGCUGCUACCGGUGCCACGAUGGAAGGUGGCUCUGGUGAUGCGGCCGCGGAAGCCAACGGUACGAGCCUCGAAGAGGCCGAGGCGCAAAAAGCUGUCCGUGCCCAGCGCGACGCCGACGCGCAAGCCGAAAAGGACGCCCAAAAGGCUGACGAAGACGAGGAUGGAUCGGACGAAGUAGUGCUCGGCUUUGCACGUCUCUACUCGGGCACCCUCCGCGUCGGUCAAUGGAUGUACGCCCUACUACCCAAGUACAACACCUCGCUCCCACCAUCCCACCCGUCCAACGCCAAGCACAUCAAGGCGGUCCAGCUCGAGUCGCUCUACAUGAUCAUGGGACGGGAUCUGCUUGCGGUGCAAGAAGUGCCCUCGGGCAACGUCUUUGCCAUCCGUGGUCUCGAAGGUCGCGUUCUGCGCAAUGCCACUCUCUGCUCUCCCUCCCUCACGCAAUCCUACCCGAUCGAGCGUCACACCGACCCUUCCACCAUCGACACUUCCGUCGCAACAUCGACAUUCGUCAACCUCGCAGGGAUCAACAUGCUCUCCGCGCCCAUCGUGCGUGUCGCCCUCGAACCGGUCAACCCGCAGGACAUGCCGAAACUCGUCGAGGGACUCAAGCUGCUCAACCAAGCCGAUCCGUGCGUCGAGUCCUUGGUGCAGGAUACGGGCGAACAUGUGAUCCUCACCGCGGGCGAGCUGCAUCUCGAGCGAUGUCUUAAGGAUUUACGCGAGCGGUUUGCGCGGUGUGAGAUCCAGGUGAGCCCUCCGCUCGUUCCGUUCAGGGAGACGUGCGUGCGAGCACCCGAGAUGGCGCCGCCGAAAAUCGAGGGUGCUGCGCGUGGAACGGUGGAUGGUAGCGUCGCGAAUGGUGGUGUGACCUACCGGGUGAGGGCUGUACCCCUGCCCAAGGCCGUGGUGGAGUUCCUGCUGGCGAACGCACAAACGCUGAGGUGGUUGCAGAACCGCAGUGCCGGCAGUGCCGAGGAUGAUGCCGGCGAGGGAGGCGUGGACAGUGUCGGAUCGCAGGCGAGCAAGACGGUUCGCGCGGACAAAUUCUGGUCGACGCUGGACGGGGUGUUGGAGAAGUGCGGGCAGGAUCGUACGGGUGAAGACUGGAGGGAGGUGGUGGAGAAGAUUGUCUCGUUUGGACCGCGAAGGGUGGGAGCGAACGUGUUGGUGGAUCGAACGGGUGGUGGAAGGAUGGGGUUGAGGAAUCGAACGGAUCCGUCGCGGGCUGUCACACGACAGUCGUCGGGCAUCGCUACGCCUGCUGCAGCUGAAUCGAGGGAGAAUGGGGACAGUCUCACGGAUGCGCUGCACAAGAUCAGCCUCGGUGAACAGGAGGAAAGUGCGUCGAAGGGGGUCAACCUUAGCGCGCUGAACGAGAGCCUGGAUAACGGGUUCCAAAUGGCUACCUCCUCCGGUCCCUUGUGCGGAGAACCCAUGCAGGGACUCGCGUUCUUCCUCGAAACCAUCGCGCUCACCCCGACAUCCAACUCCUCGCUCUCCUCCGUCACCGGCCCGCUGAUGUCGACGUUCAGAGAGAGCUGCAAGCAAGCGCUUCUGGAUUGGUCCCCACGUCUGAUGCUCGCCAUGUACAGCUGCGACAUCCAAGCGUCGACCGAGGUGCUCGGCAAAGUCCAUGCGGUGCUCGCCAAACGUCGAGGCAAGAUCAUUUCGGAAGAGAUGAAGGAAGGAACGAGCUUUUUCACGGUUGGCUCGCUCCUACCGGUGGUGGAGAGUUUUGGAUUCGCAGAUGAGAUCCGGAAGAGGACUAGCGGCGCAGCAAGCCCCCAGUUGAUCUUUAAGGGCUUCGAGCUGUUUGACCUGGAUCCAUUCUGGGUGCCCAGGACCGAGGAGGAGCUGGAGGACCUGGGUGAGAAGGGUGACAAGGAGAACGUGGCGAAACGCUACAUGGAUGGGGUGAGGAAGAGGAAGGGCUUGUGGGUGGAUGAGCGGAUCGUGGCUGCUGCAGAGAAGCAGAGGACGCUCAAGUCGAAUUGA